UCGUGCAGCGGUUUUCGCACAGACUUGGUUUUCGCGUGUUGUUUUCAGGUCUGGAAAUUUCUUUAACUUCAAACUUUCGCAAUAAUACAUAAUAUCGAAAAGUUAGGUAUUGAAGUAAAAGUGUUAAUGAUAUUUAACCGUCUUCUCUACUGGGUUUACUCUGGUCGCCUAUAGUUGUAAGCAUCGUAAACCAUGUUUGCUGUUAACUCAAAUAUCGCCGUUGUCAUGGGGAGACAGUCGGCUUACAUAUUUUCACCGACUGGUGCUCCCGAUGAUAGUGGUAUGAUCCCGUGCACACUCACCUUGCCAGGUAACCGUCCCCCAGCCAGCACGGCUAAACCGGAAACCAUUUUCUGCGUUGCGGUCGACAUAACGCGUCGCAAUCCUGUUCAACACAUCGUCAUAUGCGACAAUGUCAAAACGGUGUACAUUUUCCAUUUCAAGGAUUCCGCCUGGUCCUUACGCCAAAGCUGGGUGAUGCCGCAACGCAUCGAGAAAAUUAUGUUUGACCCUGAUGAAAAUUAUAUCGUUAUGCUGGGUAAAACCGGUGACGUUUACGCUGCCAUGUUUGGAACAGAGGCCAUAUCUAGGUUCAGAACAAUUAUGGGUCAUGUUUCUUAUGUCAUGGACAUGACCAUCACAAAUGAUUCCUCCUCUCCUCACAUCAUUACCUGUGAUCGUGACGAAAAAAUUCGCGUGGCCAAGUUCCCUCUCGCGUAUGAAAUUCGAUAUUACGCCCUUGCUCACAAGACUGCUGUGGUUAAUCUUGGAUUGGUCAACAAUGACGACUAUCUCAUUUCCGCCUCGACCGAUGGUACUCUCAUCCUGUGGGGAGUCGACCCUCGUAACAUGGAGUUCGAACUUGGCCAUCCCCACCACCUAAAUGAUGUCCUCCUCCGUAAGGUUGAAGCUUGGGACGUUUUUGAAAUGCUUGGAAUUGCCAACGAAACUGUCGCCGAAACGCCCACAUCAAAAUCCAAACCUUCCAUCGAGGAAUCAAAACCAAGUCAUGAACUCUUGAAGAUGAAAUCGACGUAUUUGCCAGACGGGAGAGUGUUUGUCUGUAUCAUGAUAACCGGGCUGUCUGAACUUGUUGUGUUCGAAAUCAUACCUCCUGACACGACGAAAAUGCUGUCUGAAGAAAUCGAAGAUGCUAAAAUCCGUCUCGUCACAAAGGAAACGAUGGAUCACUCGUCCGUCGAUAUCACCUGGGUCGGAACCACCCUCUAUCUGCUUUACCCCCAUAUUGGCACCAUGAAGAAGCUUGUCCUUUCACAGGAAGGCGAACUCAGUCGGGAUGACGGGUUUAAUCCAGCAUUUGAGAUUGAAAUGAAACUUGAUAUUUCAUUAUUCGGCUCCACUAGAAUUUCUUCUAUGCCACUUCACAAAAGGGUGUGGUCCAAACCUGACAGAAUUAAUGACGAUGAAAAUGUUGAAGACGCCAUCGCUGCGAGUAAUUUGUCGCCCUUGGCGAAAACGGUGAAGAAGAGUGGCGACUGGGUCAUUCAGCUGGGGGCGGAUGAUGUCGACGAGAACUAAUUAGUUUAAAUGUAGCAUUAAAUUCAGAUUACCCAUGCAAAGGGCAUUAUUAUUAGAGACAGAAAUAUGAUUUCGUUAAUUGGUGCUACCAAAUUUCUUGUUCUAUCAAUUAUCUUUCUUUGGUUAUAAUCUCUGUUCUUUGUUGGUACGUAUAUAUAGUCACUUGUUAUUUUUGUACCCGGUCCAGAUACCGAAUUUUACUAAUAAAUGAUAAUAAUUAAAAUUUGA